UGCUGUUUCCCUCCCCAAGAUUUUCCCUUGUCCCUUUUCAAUUAACCCCCUUGACUUUUCUUCUCCAUAAUUUCGGCAGAUUAACUUUUCCACCCAAACUCAGUUUCAUUUGAACACCAACCUUGCUCACCCUCUCAUCUUAAUUCUCUCUCGCGCUCCCUCUCGCACGGCGUCCAUCUCCUCACUGGAUAAUAAUCUAGACCUAGGCAGCGCUAUUUUUACUCAGAAAGCCAGCAGAUCGCCACUUUGGAGAUCGUGAAAGGUAAUCACGAACGCCACACAUGAAGCUAUACUUUAUUUCUGGAACUUCUUUUAUUCUUAUGGAAUUGUGUUGUUGAAAGAGUUGAUAUGGAAGUUUGGGCGGUGAGGUUAGGUGUUGGAGGUAUGGGUGCUGAAAAUUUCUAAGAAGGAAGUUAUGUCUGUUUUGAAUUAUUUAUUAGCUAUAUUGGAAUACGUGAAAAUUGUAGAGUUGUAGGAAAUAAAAGAAGAUCAAUCGACUAAAAUUUGGACAUCAACACACUAAUAUUGACACUAAUACACAACUAUGCACGCACUUAUCUUCAGCAAGGGAGGUUUGUGAUGUUCUUUCAAUAUCUUAUGCUCUAUGUUUAUCUUUCAUGUCGUUGCUUCGUGACUUUAUUCAUAUAAGAAUAUGUUAUUUUGGUAGCAUCAGCUUCAUUAGACAAGAAUGCUUAUGAUUGUAAAUAAAUAAGACUAGUUGAUCAUAAGCCGCUCGAGAUCGUAGUCUUAUUUAUUUAUUUAAAAGACUCUCAUAAACUUGUAUAAACACGAAUAACAUCGUAAAUAUUUUGACAUUAAAUUUCUACUGUAAUAAUUUUAAAAUAUUAAAAGAAAUCACGUUCCUUAUAUUAAAUUUUAUAAAAAUAUUAGCAAAAAGUCAUUAUUUGUUUAUCAAAAUUUAUAUACAAGGUUAUAAAAUAAACCUAUUUUAUCAAAAUGAAGUAAGUAGCUCAAGAAUAAACUCGAACUGAUCAUGGCACGAAUAGUGAAUAAACUGUCAGUGAAUAUAAAAUCUAACUCGAUGAAAUGCUUGACUUGUGCUAGAACAAAAAUCAAACCAAUAAGACUUGACCACACAUUCCUCUUUAAAAUUUCACUCAUUUACACCCUUAAUUAAUUUUCUAUGGAUCUUUAUAAGAGACAGCUGAAUGAUUAAUGGGUAUCUUUUAGUUUUGGUGAAUAAAAGCAAAAUUAUAAUUUCUUCAGCAGAUGAAGGUCUCAAACGAUUUACAGUCUCUAACCUCUAUCCCCAUGCACGCAAAGAUAUAUGUAAAAACAAUAAGAAUUGCAUAUUACAACUUAGAAUCUUAUACAAAAUCCAAAUUAAUCGCUAUUAAAACUCAAAUUUAAUUAUUAAAGUUGUAGUCAUUUUAAACGAAAGGUUAGGAGUUAACAUAAUCCACCCAGUACAGAUCGCCGCACCUCACUGAAGUGAUCAAGAGUCUCCACACCGCAGUGAACAUCGACAUCCAGAGUUUCAAAAGCGCCAACAUCCAUGAAAAUUACAAUUUCUGAGGAAGGCGAAUCCAGCCGCGCCAAUUACCUAGGGCCGAAACGUGAGUUCACCGAGGAGGAACGCAACAACAUAAAGAAGCAGUUAGCGAAAUAUGCGGGGGAAGCCGAAAAGCUAAAAGAAGAAGCCCAACGUGGUAGCACUAGCUGCAUCUACAGAGUCCUCCCGAGGCUCAAGGAAAUCAAUGGUGACUGGUUAUACAAACCCAACAAGGUCUCCAUCGGGCCCUACUGCUACAACCUUCGUAAUUAUGAAGAGUUCAAGAUGGCCGAAGAUUACAAGAGGAAGUGCUUCGGCUCCUUGCUGGUCAAGACGAGAGAUCAAGAAAUGCAAAUCAAUACCCAUAUGAGCUGCUUGCAAAGAAUAAGCGAACUUGAAAAGAAGAUCAGAAACUGUUAUUCUGAAGAGUUCGAAGUCGCCGGUAUUGAAUUUCUCGAAAUGAUGGUUGUUGAUGCUUGUUUUAUAAUAGAAAUAAUUGAAAUGUUUGGAUUGGGGACAAAAUUCGACUACAGCAAAUCUUAUCUUGGAGCCUUGGCGUGGAUGGUACCGUAUUUCUACAGGGACUUUCUCCUGCUUGAGAAUCAGAUCCCCUUUUUCGUUCUGGAAGAAAUAUAUGCGCUUACCCAUAAUAUUUCUGUCGAUGAAAGUAGAUCCAAGCUGUUGUCUUCUGCUUGGAGUUUCUUCAAGUACGGAAUGAAAAGAUGCUAUUUCAUGCCAAGGGACAUCCAUAAAAUGGAUGUGGUCCCGGUGUUGCAUUUGCUGGACUUGGUUCGGAGGAGUUUAAUACCUUCCAAUAUCGAACACGGAACAAUAGGCUUUAUGGAGUCUCCAUUCAUUCACUGCAUCUCGAAGCUGCAGCUGGCGGGGAUUAAGGUCAGUCCGGUCAUGGCGUACAGCUUCCUAGAGGUGAAAUUCAAGAAAGGUGUGAUUGAGAUGCCAAACAUAGCCAUCGACGACUUGACGAGAUGUCUGUUGCUGAACUGUGUAGCAUUCGAGCAGUGCCACCUGAUGAGUAGCGGCAGGUACUUUUCAGUUUACGCUACCUUUUUGGACUGCCUUGUGAACACCAAGGAGGACGUCGAGUACCUUCGCGAGCGCAAUGUCAUCGACAAUUACCUUACUGACGACUCCGAGCUUGCGGGCUUCGUUAACGGUGCGGGUAAGGAUUUGGUACUCAGCUUUCUCGACGGCUUCUACUUGGGGGAUUUGUUCGAGGAUGUGGACAGGCAUUAUCGGAAUAGGUGGAAGUGGAAGUGGGCGAGCUUCGAGCGGGAGUAUUUUGACAAGCCGUGGUUGCUUUUGUCGGCAGCGGGUGGUAUUUUGCUAGUAGUGGCUACGUCAGUCCAGGCCGUAAUGGCCAUCUUAAGUUACAAGUAUAAAAAUUGCUAGCCUAGCUACCAAUUAGGUAAUUAAUUGGGUUAUAAUUAUUUAAUUCUCUCGAGUAUUAUGAUCACUCGAUAUCAUGGUUUUAAUUGGAAAGUUUGAUCAAUCGCUACUUUUAGCGAUAUGAUGAUGUCAGUGGAUUUUGGUUUGAUGGGGUGUUUAGAAUGUAUUAUCUUUUAUAUGAAAUUAUUACUUAGUUUUUCUUUUCGA